AUGACUUCAGCCGCUGAAGAAGAGUAUGUCCUUGACCGAAGUCCGCUGGGUUCUUCCCGUCUCUAUCUCCAGCAUUGGCUCUGGCAAAGACUAAUCGGGCAUCUUCUACAUCCCAGCAUCCCAAUCAAGCAAGACAUCAAGAUUGCUGACAUAGCAUGUGGAACAGGAAUCUGGCUCAUAGAUUUAGCAAAAGAGCUUGCAAGAUUAAAGACGAACGCACAACUAGACGGUUUCGAUAUCUCAACUAAUCAAUAUCCCCAUUCGGCACUACUCCCUCCAAAUGUCAAACUGGAUAUUAUGGAUAUCUUCAAACCUGUGCCGGAGAGAUUGAGGGGCCAAUAUGAUGUGGUCCACAUAAGUCUUCUUUGUGUUGUGAUCCCUGGAGGAGAUCCAAGAUAUGUUCUAGACAAUGUUUUGACAUUGCUAAGACCAGGUGGAUACAUACAGUGGAAAGAGGUGGAUUUCAGCAUGAUGGCAUGCAAAGCUGCUACCCCGGAAUUAUCAACCAGCAACCUUAAGGAAUUGACAAGAUGGAUGUAUGAAGUUCCUUUGAAGAAAUUCACCAGUUUUGAGUGGAUACGCCAACUCAGCACCAUCUUCCAAGAACGAGGAGUAACAGUUCUGGAUGAUCGACUUCUCGAACCCGAGGUCGAUAUUGUCUGCGCAUGGACUUCAAUGCAUAUGAAUGGCAUAAAAGAAUUGGUAAAUAUUGCAGGAGAAGGGUCGAGAGACGUAUUGGAAAAGUAUGGACAGGCGGCUCAGGAGGUACAGAAGGGUGCUUAUAUAAGUAUGAUGUUGGUCAAUGUUGUUGGCAGAAAGGCUGGGGGCGAUUGA